UUACUUUACAGUUUACCUGAAGUCUCAGCAUGAAGUAUAAAGUUUUAUACUUCCUCGCUUCGUAUUUGGCUGUGGUGCAAAACGAACUGCUGGAUGAGGGCAAGAUACAUCGUUAUGUAGUGAGUAGGCAUCACGGACCCAAAGGCAGCCUCAUAUGUCAUCCGCCCUUGAUGUUUGCCCUUCAAACCCUCUACCAAUUGUCCGAGGGAGAAACCAGGGAGAGCUUAACGGGUCGUUGGCAGUGGCCACCGGAGGAGGGAAUCUCCGGAGAGUGGCCCAAGGUUCAGGGGUUCAGAACUCUAUUGGUUACUCCAAUAGACAUAACCGACUCCGCUAGAGAGGCGGUUAGGAAUGUGAGUGACUUGGAGGUCAUGGAUUUUGCGAGUCCAGGAAAACAACUGUUUGAGAUCAACCAAAGAGUGGAUAUGUUCACGAGCGCAAUGACCACCAGAUUGGUGAAAAAACGAAAUCUCAGUAAGGACACACAGAUGAUCUCGAUAAGCGCCGGAGUGAUAGAAGGUCGUUGGGAAACUCCGUUUCCCAGGAAAAAUACCAAGCAUCGUCCCUUUAGCGAACACUUUUGCCCAAAUGAAGCGGAGAGGGUUGUGAUGGUACCCACAAUGCACCAGGUGGGAGUUAAGUACCCCUAUGCCAAGUUGGCAGACACGGAGAUGCUACUUCUGCCAAUGGCUGGCAAUAAAGACGUCAAAUUCAUGGUCCUUUUGAGCUCUGUUUUAAAGCGUACCCAUGACCUUAAGCCAAUCAAGUUUGUAAUGCCCACUUACGGGAAUCUCACAGGGUUACUCAAGUUGGCAAAAGAGCAAUUGGUGGAGGUGCAACUACCAAAACUGAGAUUCACCUACUCAGUAGAGCUGGUUCCUCCCAUUUUGAGUGAUAUGGGCCUUAAAAGUUUAUACAGCGAGUCAGCAAACUUCGGAAGACUUUCGAGUACCAAAAGACUGCGACUUUCCAGCAUGAUGCACACGGCAGCCAUCGAUAUCGAUGAGGGCGGCAUCAAUGAGGUGAAGCGGAGUUACGUCGAAGAAAAAGUUUUCCUAAUUUUAGCAUCUCAACUGCGGCGAGACAAUGGUGUACAAUUCUUUGCCAAUCGACCCUUCUUUUUUGCCAUCCUUGAUCACAAGCAGGUUUACCUAACCGGAGAAUAUGUAGGUCCCUGAAUUUAUUACCGAAAUCCAAGUGUUCUUGAAAGAAAAGAAUAAAAAGAAUGUUAUUUUCUCCUUUUAAUUAAUAAACCUUAGUAAACAAUUAAUGAAUAAAUAA